AUGGAAGUUAGGGUCGGAGGAAAAUUUAGAGUAGGAAGAAAAAUAGGAGCAGGCUCUUUUGGAGAAAUAUAUUUAGGCACAAACAUCCAAACAGAAGAAGAAGUUGCGAUUAAGCUUGAGUCAGUAAAGACAAAGUUUCCAUAGCUUUAAUGGGAAUACAAAAUUUAUAAAAUAUUGCAAGGACAAUUUGGAAUUCCUAAUCAGCACUGGUAUGGCAGAGAUGGCGAUUAUAAUAUACUUAUCUUAGAUUUAUUGGGACCAUCUCUCGAAGAUCUCUUUUAGUUAUGCAAUAAGAAGUUUUCUUUAAAGACAGUAUUGAUGAUAGUUGAGCAGAUUAUUUCUAGGAUAGAAUAGAUACACGCAAAAAAUUUCAUAUAUAGAGAUAUAAAACCAGAUAAUUUCUUAAUUGGAACUAAAUAAAAAGCUGAUCACAUUUAUUUGAUUGACUUCGGUCUAGCAAAAAGAUACAGAGAUGCUAAAACAGGCUAGCAUAUAGAGUAAAAGGAAGGGAAGUCCUUUAUAGGAACUGUUAGAUAUUCUUCUAUAAAUACACAUCUUGGAAAAGAAUAAAGUAGAAGAGAUGAUCUGGAGGCUAUAGGAUACAUUCUCUUAUAUUUCUUAAGGGGAUCUCUUCCUUGGUAAGGAGUUAAAGCUGACAAUAAAAAGGAUAAGUAUGAUAAGAUAGGUGAAAUUAAAAUGAAUACUCCUGUAGAGGAAUUAUGUAAAGGUUUUCCAGAUGAAUUUGCUCAAUAUAUAAAAUAUACAAGAGAUUUAAAAUUUGAUGAGAAGCCUGAUUAUAAUCAGAUUAAGUAAUCGUUUAGAGCUCUUUUUUAUAAAUUAGAAUAUAAUAACGAUAAUAUUUUCGAUUGGUCUAAGUUAAAUUCAAAUAAUGUGCAUAAAAAGAAAGAAAUAGAAUAAGAAAAAGAUCAAACAGAAGAUAACACAGGAAACGACAUUAAGGGUGAAUCUUCGAAUAAUAUUCCUCAAUAGGCUAAUUAAAUUUAUAAAAGUAACCAAAUGAUACCAAGUACCAAUAAAAUUCCUCCUUAACACAAUAAUGUGAUUUAAAGCAAUAAAUUAUCUAAUAAUAAUGGAGUUGGUACUCCUAAUAAUAAAUUAAACCAAGUAAAAUAAAAUCCUGUUGCGAAAAUGAAUUAACCAAAGUAAAUUAAUAAUACUAAUCCUAACAAAAUAAACAUGAACAAGGUAAAUAGCGGAAAUAACUCAAAUGUAAAUAGUCCUAUGAAUAAUAAUGUAACUAAUUCUAAUAAAGCAGUAGACAAGCCUAAAUAGCUUGCAACUAAUAGUAUGUUUUCGAGAGCUAUUGGAGAUAUCUAAAAAUAAUAAGCGAAUCCUAAAAAAUGA